AUCUUGAGCCCAGCCAAGAAGAGCGCAGCUCCCUCCUCCUUCCCAUCCCAUCCCAUCCCAUCCCGAGGAUGCUCCUCCCUCUUCUGCGUGGGCGGGGCAGGCUCAGCGGGACGAUCGAUCGCUCGGUGUUCUGCUAGGAAGCCCUGAGUGAUCCAUCCGACUUCACGUGUUUCAUCCCCGGAAGGACGAAGACGAGCUGCACGGUAAAAGCCAGGAACCGGAAAUUCAGGAAGAUCAUUGUUGAGAAGAAAGAAGUCUAUUAAGCAAACUAAUCCAUCUUGUGGAUUAGAUGUCAGGAGCCAGUGUUUCUGAUAAUAAGAUGUCAGCAAGAUAUUCCCUCUCAGAAGAACUCAGGGCCUUGCUCCCACAGACCAAAGAGGGUCUCAAGUUGGAUUUCAGUGAGAAGAUUGAAAAAAGUGUAGUGGUAUUACUUCAUCAAGCAAGAGAGCUUUUCUACGAAGGAAAAAAGAAUGAAUGUCUGAAGACAAGUGAAAUAAUAAUAGACUAUUCCUGGGAAAAACUUAAUACUGGAACUUGGAAGGAUGUGGACAAAGAGUGGAGGAGAGUUUAUUCUUAUGGAUGUCUUUUGAAAGCACUUUGUGUGUGCCUUAAAACUGAUGACAUACCAGAAGCAAUAAGAGUCUGUGACAUGGGUCUCUUGAUGGGAGCAUCCAUCCUGGGGAACAUUUUGGUUAAAGUUGUCAAUGUCCUUCAGAAGCAUCUUCAACAUGGGAAGAGACAUUCUGAAACCAGGAUUGAGGAACUGAGUAUAAAGAAAACCAGGAGUGACUCUCCAAUGACUCCAGCUGUGAAAUUAGAAACUGCAGUUCCACGAUUACAAUGCCCUUCACUUGAGUUUUUUAGGAAAAAUUAUUUGAUUCCACAAAAGCCUGUUAUUUUGGAGGGGAUUGCUAACCACUGGCCAUGCAUGAAGAAAUGGAGUUUAGAUUAUAUUCAAGAAAUAGCUGGCUGUCGAACUGUUCCAGUGGAAGUAGGGUCCAAGUACACUGAUGAAGAAUGGUCUCAAAGCCUCAUGACUGUCAAUGAAUUUAUCAGCAAAUAUAUUGUGAAUGAGCAGAAUGACAUUGGAUACCUUGCUCAGCACCAACUAUUUGAUCAGAUUCCAGAAUUGAAGGAAGAUAUUUGUAUACCAGAUUACUGCUGUUUAGGUAAUGGCGAAGAAGAAGAGAUAACUAUUAAUGCCUGGUUUGGUCCAGCAGGAACCAUCUCUCCUCUUCACCAAGAUCCACAGCAGAAUUUUUUAGCCCAGGUACUUGGAAGGAAAUACAUCCAGUUGUACUCUCCACAAGAAUCAGAGCAUUUAUAUCCACAUGAAACACAACUUCUUCAUAAUACAAGCCAAGUGGAUGUGGAAAAUCCCAAUUUAAGUAAAUUCCCCAAAUUUACUGAGGCCUCAUAUCAAUCAUGUAUUUUGAAUCCUGGGCAGAUUCUGUUUAUUCCAGUUAAGUAUUGGCACUAUGUUCGAGCUCUGGAUAUCAGCUUCUCUGUCAGUUUCUGGUGGUCAUAACUAUUAAUAAAAGAGUAAUUAAAAUCAUCUUGUCUUUUCAUGAAGGAAGAAUGAUAAUGUAAUUAAUAUAAGAUCAAUAAAUUUGGACUUUUAAACAAUAUUUAGACCUUUUUUGCUGUCCCAAAGUGAACUGCAAGAAAAGGCACUACAUGUGUUUUGAGUAUCACAGACUGCUUAAAAUUUAUAAAAAGUGGGGCAAGGAUUCUGGGAAGAUGGCUGAGUAGGUUGGUAAAUGUCAAGCUCCCUCGAUUUCUCCCACAAAUAGAAUGGAUUUGCACCUUAGUGUGAACCUAGACUACUGAAAAACCAAGAAGAAUUGAGGCAGAACAGAGGUCCUCUGGAUAUAACCUGAGAAUACUGAAGAAAGCCCCCAGGCCAGGAUUAACCCCUUUGAAGUACAAAUAACCUCCAGGCUAGCUCUGGUGGGGAUCCCUCAGGUUAUGUGGUGGUAGCUGGAGCCACUGCAGAAAUCACAGAGACUUUUACGUCCAGGACUGUUUGUGGAGUCUGGGAAGACUGAGGGAACCUCUGAUGAUUAGGAACACCAGGCCCAGCUGUGCUGCUGAGAGAGCCCUGGGUGAGAAGGAACCAGUAACUGGUGAGUGCUGAAGCAAUGGGACAGAGGCACUACUGGCUGUGGGUACUUGCAGGAAGGUGAGGCUCUUGGUUUGGGGUACCUGGUCAGAAUGGAGAGUUGCAGAGAAUUUUGAGGCAGUAUCCCUCCCACCUCAGAAUUAGAGGUGCUUACACUAAUACUUAUUUUAAAAAAAUUUCACAGGCAAAGAAGAACCCAUUAUUGAAACAUUAUGGAAAUGUGGAAGACAUUCAUCUUCAGUGGAGGACACUAAUUAAUUAAAAAAAAAAAAAAAAAAA